CCAAAAGGUUCAGUGUUUCUGUCUUCAGUGCUGCUCUUCAGUGCUUUGACGGUAUUCAACCACAGAAAGCCGGGAAUCGAUCGCACGUCCUGACAGAGUUAACACCAUCAAAACAACAUGAGCUGGAUGACUUGGGUUUUGUUCGUGGGGCUUCUGUGGAUUUAUCCUGUUUGUGGAAACAGGAAUAACAAGAGUAAAACAAUCUGGCAGAAACUCAAAUAUUGUUUGAACAACAACCCGACACUACCUUAUUUUGUGGUUCCUGAUCAGUUCAGUGCCUUCAUCACUGCAGAUGAACAUUGGAAUCUGACUAAGGCUUGCAUACUAUUUGUGCAGAGAAACGUGACUAGAGCAGGAAUGUUUGAGAAGAAAUAUCUUCAAGUGGAAGGAAAUUACGGUUCUUAUGUACUACGCCUCACAAGGUUGUACAUCAGAAAGAAAUUGCACCUGUAUGUCGUGGACGGGAGGAAGUGCAACACCACAUUAUCUGGCUUCACAGAUUCAACGGCCAUCAUUGACACUCUCACAGAACCUUGCUGGAUUAGAGGUUUGGAUACAAAGAUAGUAUGUAAAGAAGCUAGUUAUGAUGUAAACAACUGCAAAGCAGAUUCAGGUUCACUGGUCAAAGACAAGUUCAUCAUCAACAUAACAACAACAACAAACAACAAAUGUGUAAGGUGUGAUAAUCCAGAGAAAUUGCCGGAGGAUAAAGUUAAGGUGGCUGGGAAUUAUACACCUGAAGAAGGAGAACACUUCGACGCUGCCGAAGCUGCCAGAGUCAUGAACAAAAUGGCCGACCUUGCCAGCUCCAUCAACGUGUCUUGGGCUGCACUGACUGUGGCAGAAGGAGUUACGGGUAUCUUAGUGAGAAAAACAGACCCUGUGGAUGUAGCCGAGGUCGUCUUUGGUUAUUGGGGCUCAAAUGACAGCAUAAGGAUUGUAGACGGCAGUGAUAAUCUGGCUCAAUACUCAAGAUCUGUCUCAGUGCCAAAAGAAGCGUUUGAGAAAUCCCUGAGUUUGAAUGUUAGCGUGCAAUUUGUAGUCCUUUUACGAUUCACCAAUCUGGCUUUGGAUAUGAACAACAGCACUAUUUUAGGUGAUGAGGUUUUAGCAGUUGAAAUGGGAGCCACGAUCAUCAAUCUCACAGACAAAAUAUGCAUCAAUUUCAAGAACAUUAAAGACGAAAGAAUUCCAUCUUGUCGUUCAUGGAAUGGUGAUGGAAGCCGACCAAACUGGACUGAUGGCGGAUGUCGGACGAUAAAAAACGGGACCAGCAUUACAUGCGAGUGUUCGCAUUUGACCUUUUUUGCUGUCUUAUUGGCUCCUCUUAAUGAAACCAUACCUAGUGCUGACCUGAAAAACCUCACCAUCAUCACCCAAGUUGGCUGUGGCUUGUCCAUGUUCUUCCUCGGCGUAGUCCUCUUCAUGCACUUCCUUAUGAGGAAGACCAAGGCCAGUAUAUCAACAAAGAUUCUCAUCCACAUGGUGUCGGCCAUGUUCCUGCUUAACCUCACUUUCCUGCUCAACAACUUCGUGGCAAAAAUGGACAGCUCAGUGGGUUGUAAGAGCUUGGCGGCUCUCAUGCACUACUUUAUGUUGGCCACUUUCAGUUGGUUUGCUGUGCAGGCCUUCCACCUCGGCCUGCAGCUGUACGUGGGGGGCAAAAUUGUAAUCCGUCACUACAUACUCAAAGUCUCCGUUACCAGUUGGGUCCUACCGAGUGUAGUUGUGAUCGUCCUGCUCAUCUUAGGAAAAUAUGGCAAACAAUCCGUCUAUACUAGUGACACUGAAGAGAUUGUGGCCAUGUGCUGGAUAACAGACAAUGACGUGCAGUACAUUGUCAACAUAGGUUACUAUGCGUUGGUCUUCCUCUUCACCUGCACUACCUUCAACAUACUGUCCUGGCUCUUUUGUCUCAAGAGAAUGGGAAGUGGAGUAAUAAGCACAAACACAAAAAGCAUCGCAAUCAUCCUGGGACUGUGUUGCAUGAUGGGUAUCACUUGGGGUUUUGCCUUCUUCGCCUAUGGUGUCCUCCGGAUCCCCGCCUACUACAUUUUCACAGUCUUGAAUUCUUUCCAAGGUUUCUUCCUGUUCAUCUACUACUAUAACACCAGCCAUUCAGAAGGGAUAAUUGAUGGUCAGGAAGUCUCAGUGAGCACCGACACUCUUCAAACUAGCGUGCAAAGCUGCGAGAACCCCUACGCCAACUUCAAUAAAGAACAGCCCCGGUAGACAAAUGGACUAAAGGGUGAAGAUGGACAGCUUGAAGUAAGAGACUACAAGCAAGUAGAAUGAACUAGAAAGUUUACUGGUGUGUAACAUUGUAUAGGGCAUCUUCCGACAUUUAUUGAAGGUUAUUGGUGUAUGGGAAAAUUAUUUUAAUACUACAUCGUUUAUUUUCUUAGGACCAGAAUUUGGUUUGUACAAUUUCAUUCAGUGGGGAUCAGAAAAGGCUGUAUGUUUUGUGGAGUUUAUUAGUAAUAGUAUUUUUUUUUACAGAUUUUUCUAUAGAAAAACUGCCAAAUAUGAAUAUUAGUAUUUUAUUAAAAUUACAUUUUCAAGACUCUUUGAUCUUCAACCAAUAAAAUAUCUUUAGUUGUGGAUAUUACAGUAAAAAUAAUGUUUCCUAAAGCAUGUUUUGACUGUUUGGAAUAUGAAAAUGAGAUCAGAAGCACGAGGAUAAAGAAUAUUUUAUUCAGUUUAAGUGACACUAACAUUAAAACAUACAUUAUGCACAUUUUUUAUUUUAAACUCAUUUUUAGUUGGGAAAUUAUAACUUUUACAGCAAGAGGGCUUCUGCUUCCUUGAGAGCUUUUUCAAUUUCAGCCACCUCCAGGGAGAAGUUCUCCCGUUCCUGCAUACACUCCCGCGCUUCCGCGAGUUCUGACAUCAUUGUGGCGAUUUCCUAUAAGUGUGUAAAACGAGGAUCAUUUAAAAUACACUGCGAUCAUCACUUAAAAGCAAUUACAACAAACAGCAAAGUGUGAGUUUAACUCACCUCUAACCGGGCACGUUGCUGUGAUGCAGUGUCUCCAAACGCUUUUAAUUCAGCCAGCAGGUCUGUGGACACACUCUGAAAUGGAGACAAUGAAAGUUGUGUUCAAUAGAUGGCACUGCCUAUGAUAGCCAACAGACUGUUACCCUUUAUGUGUAGGAUACAACUAUAUUGUAAAUGUACUUUUUUUUUUCACUUUAAUUGUGUGGAAUACAACUAGUGCAUGUUUGUAGUCAUUUGUGUGAGUGUGAUUAAAACGUGACAGAACUUAUAACAUCAAGUAAACUGAAAUAAAAUAUA